AACCUGCUCUUACAUCCUCUUUUUGCCUUUGCAACUCAUUUAUGUUCAGCGCACUCCUCGGGGGUGGGUUCAAUUCGGCGCUAUUUCGCUUCGUGUUUUUACCCGCAAUCCACAUCUUUCGGAAGAAAGCUCGCUGUUUAUCUUAACUACAUCGCCGUGGAAGAGCUGGACGACGGGGACAGCCAUGGAUUAAAUUGUCCUCUGUUGAAUCGCACAUUUUGAAGAACCCCCCACGGCAACACACAGCCAUCCCUCACUCACAAACAGUCCGUUCUUUUCCUUAUGAACGAAUGCUGAGUUUCAGGAGUUAUCGUUGAACAGGGUUUCUUUUUAGUUCUACUUCAAAAGAGCAAAAGAGACGGCGAUUCUGGACACAUGUUGAGCUGAAAGACCACAGCAUCCCGUCCCCUCCCUGAGUGGACUUAUUUUUUUUACAGCAAGCCCACGGAUUGCCCGAUUGCUCACCGAGUGUUUUCGUCGUUCACCUUUUGCAAAUUAGGACAACUAUGGAUCUGGGUAAAAUGGCGGUGAGCAUCAACAAGGCCAUCAACACUCAGGAGGUGGCCGUCAAGGAGAAGCACGCCAGGACCUGCAUCCUGGGCACGCACCAUGAGAAAGGGGCCCACACCUUCUGGGCGGCAGUCAACCGCCUGCCCCUGUCCAGCAACGCCGUGCUGUGCUGGAAGUUCUGCCACGUCUUCCACAAGCUGCUCCGGGAUGGCCACCCCAACGUAAUAAAGGACUCCAUGAGGAACAAAGCUGACCUGAACGACAUGAGCAGGAUGUGGGGCCACCUGAGCGAAGGCUACGGCAAGCUGUGCAGCAUCUACCUCAAACUGCUUAUCACCAAAAUGGAGUUCCACAUCAAAAAUCCACGUUUCCCAGGCAACCUGCAGAUGACGGACAGGCAGCUUGAUGAAGCGGGAGAGAACGAUGUCAACAACUUCUUCCAGAUGACUGUGGAGAUGUUCGACUACCUGGAGUGUGAGCUGAAUCUCUUCCUGGGCGUGUUCAGCUCCCUGGACAUGUCUCGCUCAGUGUCGGUGACUGCAGCAGGACAGUGCCGCCUGGCCCCUCUGAUCCAGGUCAUCCUGGACUGCAGCCACCUGUACGACUACACCGUCAAACUGCUGUUCAAACUGCACUCCUGCCUCCCAGCCGAAACCCUCCAGGGACACAGGGACCGCUUCCAGGAGCAGUUUAAGAAACUCAAGUCUCUGUUCUACCGCUCCAGCAACCUGCAGUAUUUCAAGAGACUCAUUCAGAUCCCACAGCUGCCUGAGAACCCCCCAAACUUCCUGCGGGCGUCGGCUCUGUCGGAGCACAUCAGCCCGGUGGUGGUCAUCCCUCUGGAGGCCUCGUCCCCGGAGAGCGAGCACGUGGUGGAGACGGAGGACCUGGUGGACACCGACAUCCCGGCCCACCCGAGCGUGGAGAACAGGUUCGACGACGUCUUCGGCUCGACCUCCGCAUCGGACCCUUUCAACUUCAACAGUCAGAACGGCAUGUGCAAGGACGACAAGGAGCGUCUGAUUGAGCAGCUCUCCCGGGAGCUGAAGGAGCUGAAGGAGGAGCUGGAGUCCUUCAGAGCUGAGAGCACGCGGCUGUGCCAGGCGCUGCGGGGGCGUGUCAGCGAGCUGGAGGCGGAGCUGGCGGAGCAGAGCCACCUGAAGCAGCAGGCCCUGGGGGAGAGCGAGUUCCUGCGGGCGGAGCUGGAGGACCUGCGCCGGGUGAAGGAGGACACGGAGAAGGAGCAGCGCAGCCUGACCGAGAUCGAGAGGAAAGCCCAGGCCAAUGAGCAGCGCUACACCAAGCUGAAGGAGAAGUACACCGCGCUGGUGCAGAGCCACGCCGACCUGCUGAGGAAGAACGCGGAGGUGACGCGGCAGAUGACGGUGGCGCGGGCGGCUCAGGAUGAGGUGGAGAGUGUGAGGAGAGAGAUGCAGGAGAAAGUGAAGGCUGCUUCAGAAGAUGCACAGAGACAGGAGGAGGUGCAGGCGGAGCAGCUGCAGGCCCUGCAGGGGGAGCUGCAGAGCAACAGAGAGGAGCUGAGCCAACUGAGGGAGGACAUGACCUCCUCACAGCAGUCGACCGAGGAGCUCCAGGCCCGCCUCUCGGCUCUGGAGGAGGAGAGGGCGGGGCUGGCCGAGACGGUGGCGCAGAAGGAGGCGGAGCUUACGGGGCUGGGGGCGGAGCUGGAGAGAGUGCAGGGCAGCCUGGCCAGUGAGAGGGAGAGCGGGGUGAAGGUGGCAGAGUCCCUACAGAACCAGCUCAACGAGAAGGAGAGCCGGGAGCAGGCCCUGGAGACUCAGCUGGUGUCGGCCCGCUGGGCCGCCCUGCAGGGGGCGCUAGAGGAGGGUGGGCGGAUCAUUCAGGACGCUCUGUCCUGCCUGGAGGACCCGGCGCACAUCAGCUGCACCAGCUCAGCAGAUUACCUGGUGUCCAGGUGUGAGAGUGCUCUGGAGAGUGUGGGUCGGCUGCAGGCUGCCAGAGACGGCUACCUGACCGACAGCACAGACGUGUCGGAGAUGCUGCGCUCCGUGGCCAGUUUCGCCCACCUGGUCAGCGACACCAUCGUGCAGGGCAGCGCCACCACCCACAUGGUGCCCGUGGACCAGGCUGAGUCGCUGGCAGAGGACGUGAAGUUGUGUGGUGCUGAGGCCCUGGCCCUGCUGGAUCAGCUGAAGGACCAGGAGAGCCUGGGGGCUGCAGACAGCGCCAAGCUCAGGGCCGCGCUGGGCAACGUUAAGGACACGGCCGAGAAACUGAGGCCUCGGGGUCUGGAGCUGCAGCAGGGGGAGCUGGGAGAUCUGGUGGAGCAGGAGAUGGCCGCCACCUCGGCCGCUGUGGAGUCUGCAGCCUCUCGCAUUGAGGAAAUGCUGAGCAAGUCCCGAGCUGUCGACACCGGGGUGAAGAUGGAGGUCAACGAAAGGAUCCUGGCCUCCUGCACAGACCUCAUGCAGGCCAUCAAAGUGCUGGUGCUGUCGUCUAAAGACCUGCAACGGGAUAUUGUGGAGAGCGGAAGGGGGGCAGCGUCCAUGAGGGAGUUCUACGCCAAGAACUCUCGCUGGACUGAAGGCCUGAUCUCUGCCUCUAAAGCCGUGGGAUGGGGAGCCACCAUGCUGGUGGACGCUGCUGACCUGGUGGUGCAGGGGGAGGGGAAGUUUGAGGAGCUGAUGGUGUGCUCUCACGAGAUCGCAGCCAGCACCGCACAACUGGUGGCUGCUUCCAAGGUGAAGGCGGACAAGGACAACUCCAACCUGACCCGUCUGCAGCAGGCCUCCCGGGGCGUCACCCAAGCAACCGCGGGGGUCGUGGCCUCCACCAAAUCUGGCAAGUCCCAGAUCGAGGAAACAGACACCAUGGACUUCUCCAGCAUGACCCUCAUUCAGAUAAAGAGACAGGAGAUGGACUCACAGGUGUGUGUGCUGGAGCUGGAGACGCGGCUGCAGAAGGAGAGGGAGCGUCUGGGGGAGCUGAGGAAGAAGCACUACGAGUUGGCCGGGGUGGCCGAGGGCUGGGGCGAGGAGGAGGGCUGAGGCCCACACCAGCCCCGCCCUCACCUCCGUCAUCCUCAGACCAACACUCUUCUUCCACUACCUGCUACAUUCGACAGUUUUUACACCCUCCCCUUCUUCCCGUCUUCUGCUCAGUUUUUUCUCAUUUUAAUUAACCUCCAAGCCAAAUAAAAAAGGUGCUCUUUUUUAAAAAUAAACACCCCCCUCCUCUCGUCCCCCCGCUCUGGCUCGUAGAAGCUUCCACGUCUGAAGCCAUGUUCGGCGGGCGCGUAGCCGGGGGAAGAGAAGUCACCGCUCCAGGAGUGGACUGCCUCUCGCCCCACCUCCUGGACCUCCGAUGUACUGCACCCUCUUUCUGUUAUUUAUUAGGUUUUGUUUUUUCCUCCUUCCGAUUUAAGGAGCGUCCCUUUUUCCUCUGAGGACUCUUCCCCCUCGCAGCCUGUGAAGACUGUUGGACUGCAUGCCGUUCCCUUCCCCCGGUACUAAACACUACAUUACCCAGGAUGCAUCGCUGCCUCCUCAUCAACCAGUGUGGUGCAAGGAGGAACCCUUCCUCCUUCCCCGGCAGUGUACUCCUCAGAAUAUUCCCGACCCCGACCACAUGGAGCGCAAGACUCUUUCCCGGCCAGUUGACCUUUGACCUGUGACCUGCAGUUUCACACUUCUCCUAACCCCCCCCCCCCCCUUUUGCCUGCCCACAGCAGACUGCCCCCUGCUGUUCAGUCUUCACAUGAACAUACGUGAGGUUUAUAUUUCUUUCUUUCUUUUUUCCUACACUCGUCGUAUUGCACACUUCAUUGUGGCUUGUGUAGUGAUCACAACGCAGAACUGUGAAGUAGUGCUCAUUCACUGUGUUCCAGAGGGCGUGGUGCUUACGGCUCGGAGACAGACUGAGAAUGAGCAGAGAGGCGUAGCCACGUGACCCCCUCCCUCUCAGUCGUCCUAGCGUGUUUCCCACCCGUGUCACACGUGUGCUUCAAAUAGUCCACCUGUUAGUAGUUAGCUGAUAACUACUCCCACUCUGUGUCAGAUGCCCAGUGACCCAGUACGACAGGUGGGGCUCCUAGAGCUGAACACGCAAUUUGAAUUCAAAUAUCAUGUACAGAUAUUGACUGUUUUGAGACGACCUAUUGGCCAUACGACUGUGGAUGAGUAACCUGUAGGCUGAAGGUGAUUGGUCAGUUGCCCGAAUGGGAGCCCCCGUAUAGGAGUUCACUGGGAAGCCAUUUUGUUUGCCUGGAAAGUGUAUCUCAUCAGGCCAGCACUGUGUUUACACUGGUAAAGUUUUCAAACCACCUGCCACGGUAAAACACACUAGUGAACCUGGGGUUUCACACCAUAAUGUCACAGAUACCUGCAUGUUACAGCGUUUCAUUUUGUCUCAGAUUAUUUAUUUGUGUCGACCGUUUCCUGAACACAAUUCUUCUUGUCAUCACACGCUCAUAGUUAUUUAUAGGUUUGUCAUUAAUGAUCUUUGAUUGUUGCAGCAGCUCAUACUGUUCAGCUAUCGAAUUAAUCAACAGUAAUAACGUUAUUUAUAUAAUGCUUCACAUAUUGUUAAAUGUAUGUAUUCAUCAGCACACACAUACCUAACCAGCAGGCCGUACACUAAACCCAGUGUGUGAGUCUCAGUAGAGGCUUUCUGCAGCAGCAGGCUAAAUCAGUUGAAUCUGGUUGUUUCCAACAUUAUAAUCAGGCUCACACCGUUACAACAGUGUCUGGCUGGCAGGCUAUCACUGAAUCGUAUUACUACACAGAAGUGCAGAGCUGGAGUUGAUUAGCUAUCUAAACAUUAAAUAUAAAUAUAUAUGUCUAUAAUUGUUGACAGUGUGAGUCUAUUAUCCAUUAUGUUUUUACUCAUAAGUUAGCUGACCUUUGCUGAAUAUUAUAUUGUAGCUACACUAGCGAUUCUCUCAGACUGUAGCUAAAGACUGAAGCUCCACUUCAGUCAGCUUGUGUUCUUCUCUUAAGUACUCAUAAAAAGGAAAAGGUUUGUGUAAAAUAUCGAAAAGCAAAUAGACAAAAUGCUUAAAAUUAUAAUGACAUGGUUAUUUUGUCCAGUGGCAAUAUUUAUACAGAGGCAAUAUUCAGAAUACUAAAGAAUUUAAAGCACAGUGUAUGCAUUGAGUAUAUAAUGCCAAUCAGUAUGUGUAGCCUUUGUCUGAAGUAGCGGUUGGCAGCAGUCUCCGUGUAUAAGCAGAUGGGCUAGUUGUAUUGGCAUGUUUGUGAUCUUUCUCCAUUGGGUGUGGCUGGCAGGAGUUCAAACAGGUGGAGAGUGUAGCACAUUACAUUUUCUGCUCAAAUAUGAGACAGGGUGAAGCUUAUGUUGGAUCUUGUCUUCAUAUUUGGAAGAGCAGAAAACAAGAGCUUGAUGUUUGAGGAUGCCUCCCUGAGCACACUCUGUGCCAGACCCUGAGUGUUUGAGUGUUUAGUUUUGCUCUUCUUGCCGUUUAGAAGUAUAAGCUUUUAUUAGCUGCUGCUGCUGUUAUCAUUUGAAAUGUUACUCGUUUUAAUCCAUUGACUUUGCUCGUGAUUUAGAUUCUAGUACCUCGUGUAGCUAUUUCAACUUUACUGUUAUUUCCGUACGUGUCAUAUACAGCUCAGUUAAGUGUUGUAAAUAUUCAGUAUUACAUUAAUAUCCAUUGGCGAAUGGCCGGUGUUUGUCUGUACAGACGUGUAUCUAUCCCUGUUUCCACACACAACCCUUUAUACUCGUUAUCUGGCAGUGCUUUGAAUGCUUCAGUAGUGUGCUAAGACUUGGCCUGGCAAGCUGCAUUCACUCCUGUAUUAAAGUCAGAUGUUUUAGAAGUGGGGAGGGGGGAAGCUUAAAGUGGGGGGACCUAAACUUAAGUCCAAACUCUUCCUAUGCAGGCAAUCUUAACCGAACCACCUGAGGCCAAUGGUCAUGACUGUUAAAAUGUGAAGUGUGUGUAGUGUGGGUAUGCUGGAAUGCACUGCUCUGUUGGACACCUUUGCAAACCGUUUGGAGCCAGUCGUAUGAUAUGAUAUAUGGACUUUUUUUCUUUCUUUUUUUUUUUUCUCCUCCUACCAACAUACAGCAGCCAGCCAACCAACCAAAUUAGCAGGCCAGUACAGUGACAUGAGAAGACAGUGCCUUGAAUGUGAGUGGAGGGGUGGGGCUGGUGGGGUCGCCUCCGCUCUGAAAAGCUGCAAAACGGUGAGGGCAAUCCAGUGGUUGGGGGGAUUUUUUUAAACCUGCUAUCCAGAGGAGCUUGAAUUCGAGGCCCGCUGUGUUGUCCGCGGUUGGGAUCCCCUGUCUGGAUGGACCGUGGCGGGGGACCUGGCCUGUCUGGGCAGGGUUUUUCCCCAAGAGGGGUGCAGAUUUUUAUGGAAAACGGAUCCCCAAUCCGUGCUUUUGUAUGAAUUAGGAACCGACUGGAGGCGUUGCACGUGUACACCACGGACGGGAGGGUGGCAUCAUGCUGGCAGCCAAUGACUGGUCCGCUCCGUCAGCACAAACUCACGGGGUCCAAUGGCCUUUGUGGAGAGGACACAGGAGGCGGGGCCUCAGCUUGGCCUGUGACACGGAGGCACAUAAAGGCACCAACCACCCAAAGUCUGGAGGUCUUCCCAUUGGAUCCAUUCAGUAGACAGUUACUCGCUUUGAACACAAAGGGUGAGAGAAAGGCACCACCUGUACCUUCUCUCAGUCACUCGGACAUAGGAUGUGUUCAGCUUACCUUCACAAGGAAUGCAGCCUUUUCUGAUUGGUUUAGCUGGUCCAUGUGACUUGUCUGGGUCAGUUGUAGAUAAGCAUGUGAUUGAUGCAGAGUGAAAAGCGUCACACCCAUGCCACGUUGAGUUGUUGAUUGGAUAAAUUGUUCCGGUAUGCCUUUGUGUGUGUCUGUGUGCGUGCGCGUGCGUGUGUGUGCGUGUGGGCAGUGUGGUUGGUGGUUGGUUAGUGUGGGGAGUCCGUAGCAGCGUGGGUGCACGCCUGGGUCUUAUUAAACCAAUCCGUAUUCUUCAGUUCAUCGCGAUCUGUAGCACUGUUUUAGUUUGUAGGUGAAGUUGUAACACUGGGUUUAGUUCGUAGGCGAAGUUGUAACACUGGGUUUUUAACAUUCUUUUAUUCCCCAGUUUAUUUCUCCAAUGUGCAUCUUAUUAAUCGUGUGCCCUGGGUGCAUGUCCGUGCUCGUACCAGCUCAGCCAGCCUUUCAACUGCCUCUCACUUUCGACAAGAGAAAAUCCUUUAUUAAAACUUUCAUUAAUAAAACAUCACAAAAUUACGAAAAAACUCUUUGUACCAUAUACUAAAAAUGUUUUGUUUUUAUUAAAGCAAACGACAUGAAUAAAAAGCAUAACUGGU